UACAGAUACAGUAGAACCAGAGACGGUCUUGGUAGAACCAUAAAUUAGACCGAUUUACUCCCAACAGACUUCAUUUAUGUAGUUGUUAGCCUAUACUGUCCAGACGUGUUGUCCUCCGGCUCAAUAGACAUGAGAAGAAACGGAACCUAUCGAUUUCUGUCAGUAUUUUCUUGCCUUGCUGUUUGUGCUUUCUUAUUCGUCUUUUGGUUUUUCGUGUUUUAUUCUCUAAUGUUGGCACCGUAGGUCGUAGUCAUUAUUACGUUAUGCGAGCAGGCGUGCACUUCACUCAGCAAAACAGCCAAAUAACAGCAUAAAUAACAGAGCCUGACGUCACGGCUGACAGUGGAUCACGUGAAUCGAACAAGGAAGUCAACGUUUGGUGAGUGAGCGGUAGAUGAGCUUCACCAUGGCUGACGACUCAACUGAUAAGGCUGCUGGUACCCCAAAGCUGCAGUUUGCUCCGUUCUGCAGUGCCCUGGAAGCUGGUUUCUGGCAUCAGCUGACACAGAAGAAGCUGAAUGACUAUCGCCUGGAUGAAAGUCCCAAGAGCAUCAAAGGCUACUACUAUAAUGGGGAUCCUGUUGGACUACCUACUCGCCUAACUCUGGAGUUCAGUGCUUUUGAAGUUGAUGGGCCCACUCCUCUGCGCUGCUGCCCAGCCUCUGGCAUUCUGUACAACACUAACACUCUGGAAGCCUUCAGAUCUAUCGACAAGAAAGGCCUGCUGGAUAACGAAGCGUCUGAGAUAUGGAAGGAAAUCCAGUCUGGCGCUGCCCUACAAAAUCCCUCAAUUCUAAACAAAUUCAUUUUGUUGACCUUUGCGGAUUUAAAGAAGUACCACUUCUAUUACUGGUUCUGUUUCCCCGUCCUCUGUUUCGCGGAGGCCAUUCCAGUCAUUCAGGAGCCCGUCGCUCUUAGUCAGAAGUUUUCUGCCAAGCAGAUAUCUGGCCUCCAGGAAGCCUAUGACAAUCUUUGCACUGCCAGCAACAUCACAGCCCUCCCCUACUUCCUCAUCCAAUACACAGAGGAGGAAGUGAAGGUUGCUCCUAUACACGAAUGGGAGACUUUCUUCACAGACUUCAAGAAGGUGACCGUGGGAGUGUACGAUCCCUGCACUCUGGCUCAGCACCCUGGCUGGCCCCUCCGAAACUUCCUCAUCCUCAUUGCCAGCAAAUGGGGUUCACAGUUGGAUGUGGUGGAGGUGGUGUGCUUUAGGGACAGGACACUUCAAGGCACACGCUCUGUGCAGCACAGCAUCGUCUUCCAGGUGAAGCUUCCGGACCUUUCCGCCAGCACAGGUUGUCCUAAAAGUGUAGGCUGGGAGAAGAACCAGAAAGGGGCGAUGGGACCCAGAAGUGUCAAUUUGAGCGAAUGCAUGGACCCAAAAAGACUUGCAGAGUCCUCAGUGGAUCUGAAUCUGAAGUUGAUGCGCUGGAGAUUGGUGCCUACUCUGGACCUGGAUAAGGUGGUCUCCACCAAAUGUCUGCUGCUGGGAGCGGGGACGUUAGGCUGCAAUGUAGCGCGCACACUCAUGGGUUGGGGAGUGAGACACAUCACGUUUGUGGACAACGCUAAGAUCUCCUACUCCAACCCUGUGCGGCAGCCCCUCUACGAGUUUGACGACUGCCUGUCUGGAGGCAAAUCAAAGGCGCUGGCCGCUGUGGAGAGACUGAGGAAGAUCUUCCCUGGUGUGAACGCGGAGGGCUUCAACAUGAGCAUCCCGAUGCCGGGCCACCCGGUCAGCUUCUCGGAGGAGACGUUGGGGGCGGCGCGGCGCGACGUGGAGCAGCUGGAGGCCCUGGUGGCCCAGCACGACGUCAUCUUCCUCCUCAUGGACACCCGAGAGAGCCGCUGGCUGCCCACCGUGCUCGCUGCCAGCAAGAGGAAGCUGGUGGUGAAUGCAGCCCUCGGCUUCGACACGUUUGUGGUGAUGCGUCACGGCCUGAAGCGUCCCCAGGCUGAGUCUGCAGACUCCAGCCCCUCGUCCUCCUCAUGCACCUCCGCCUCCUCCCCCUCCUCCAAUGCGGCCGGCGGGGCCCCAUCCUCCCUCACCGGGGCCUCCCUCUUCUCCAACAUCCCUGGACACCGCCUUGGCUGCUACUUCUGCAACGAUGUGGUCGCCCCUGGAGACUCCACGCGGGACCGGACUUUGGACCAGCAGUGCACGGUGAGCAGGCCGGGCCUUGCCAUGAUCGCAGGGGCCCUCGCCGUGGAGAUGAUGGUCUCUAUCCUGCAGCAUCCGGAGGGGGGUUAUGCAGUGGCCAGUAGCAGUGACGACCGCAUGAAUGAGCCCCCCACCUCCCUGGGCUUGGUUCCACAUCAGAUCCGAGGAUUUCUGUCCCGUUUUGACAACGUACUUCCGGCAAGUCUGGCCUUCGACAAGUGUACUGCCUGCUCACAGAUAGUGCUUGAUCACUACGAGCGCGAGGGCUUCCAGUUCCUGUCCAAGGUCUUCAACUCCUCCCACUCCUUCCUGGAGGACCUGACCGGGCUCACACUGCUGCACCAGGAGACACAGGCCGCCGAGAUCUGGGACAUGAGUGAUGAUGACAGCAUAUGACGUGACGUGAAUGUAAACAUGGACACACAAGAACACACCAUAGGGACAUUUGGACCCCACAACUGGGUCUGGAUCCCGAGAAAGGAACAUCUCUCGUACCGUCAACAACUCCAAGACUUUACGUUUGGUUACAGAUUUACUUUCUAAAAUGUGGUCAGCAACCAAAGUUAAAUUGUCUCUUGCUUCUGUGGAUGUGGAGCCAUAUGUAUGUUAUUCUGUCAUAAGAAAUUCAAUGAACUACAUGUAUACACAAAAAGGGUUUAUCCUCAUUUUCUUAACGUUACUGUAUUCUUGCAAUCUGUUCUUUUCAAAAUAACAUUAAACCGUCUGAAACCAUG